ACCUCGUUGUCCUGCAUCUACUUUUCCAUAUUCGCUAUCGUUGGCCGCUGCUUUCGGCGGCAUCUUGGCGUAGCGAACGGCAUCAGUGUGGCUGGCGUGAGCGUCGGACAGAUGGCUUUCCCAGGCUUGAUCACGCAUCUCUUAGAGACCUUUUCUGUGCGUGGUGGCACCCUGGUGAUGGCAGGAAUCUGUCUCAACAUGUGCCUGACAGGUGCCUUAAUGCCGCGAUACAUCAUUGAUCCAGAUGCGGAACCGGGCGAAGGAGACGCCUCUAAUCCAAAUAAGUCCAAGUCUGAGUCGGAGGGGCAGAAGCGGCCUCCGCAUGGUAUGGUCCUCGGGCCGGCUGAGAAUGGAGAUUCAGUAGAUCCAGCUGAGAGCCUCGCUGGCUGGGUGAAUGAAGCCGAGACUGAAGGAACGACAGAAGCGCCCUACUUUGGUGACCUUCCAGCUCACCGAAGCUCGUUGCGUCUCCAAACGGGCUCUCAGAGGUCGUCUAUCCACCCUCAGCUUACUGAGAUGUCCAUGUCAGGAUUGAUCGGUGGCGACUUGCUGAUGGCAGAAGAGGCAAGGUCAGAUUCCCGCGAUGGAUUGCAUUCCAUCCGAAGGUCAAGAGAAGCCAGCUGCAAUGUCCAAACGGAAGGAGAAGAGUAA